AUCGUAAUACCUCUAACGUCCACCUGUUACCAUCUCUAACAACGCAAUAAACUGCCACCUCUAGUAACGUAAGCAACUCGCAUACGUUUCGUGCAACAAGUUUAUUUUAUUUUCAUAAACAAAGUUUGUUCAAUGUAAAAAAUCCUCGUUAAGGUGAUGUUAUUCCAUAUAAAUUGCGUUUCCCGGUGAUUGUGAGUUAGUGAGCAGCUGCAGAGCAGCGUAAUUAACCCAGAUCUAAGUAAAUCAGUGCAAUUGGAGCAGCUUGAAAGGCAAACGCCAACAUAUCGAGUUCGAGAAUUGAGUUGACCCAUUCCGCGGCCAUGCAAAUCGAUGCAAUUGAGGCCUGAAUAUGCUGCUUAGUGAGACCCACUUUUGGACGACGCUGCGGGAGGAGGUGCGGAUCAAGAGCCAGGAUCUGGGUGCCUUUCGCUACCUUCGCCAAAGAGACAAGGAUCAGGAGCAACAGGAUGUUAGUUUCCUUGCCAAACGGGAUUACACAGAACGUCGCAAUGGAUUGGCCGUCCUAAAGAACUCCAAUCGCAAGUCUACUGGUCGAUUAAAGGACAAUCUCAAGAAACUGGAGGAUCUACUGCGUCAGCACAGGAUCAUCCAUUCCGAGUGGCAAGAUGCUGCGCAGGUUCUUAUCCUGUUCUCCCAUGGGUUGAUUGCCCAUAUAUGUGUUGACAUCUACACGGGAGACAUCCUGCGCAUGGUGUUCGAGAAGUAUUUGGUUGGCAAACUUGCAUCCGAGGUUAUUACAGAUGCUUUUUUCACCCGUUCCCACAUCGUCUUGGCCUACAAUACCAACCAACUGACGGUGGUUCAUCUACAGAGGCCAAAUGCCCGAUCCCAGGGGCCCGAGAAGAUCGCCAACAUGGAUCCGCGUAUCUUCCACGUGAUCAUACCGGGCGCCACAGAACGAAAACUAUCCCGCCACCUUACAGUCAAUGGCAGCUACGAUCUGUUUGUAGUUUGGACGCAGUCCUCGCAAAACGAAGUGUACCCCUGGAGGCCAACGAUAAGGGAUCAGGACCGAGCCAACAUACAUGUGUUCAAGAUUAAGGGUUUGCAGCUGGAAUCGAUAGCCUAUUGCUGGUCGGAAAAUGACCCUUUGUGCGUGGACUUUCUCCGAAGCAGCGAGAGCCAGAUUAUUACCUUGGAGCAGAAGGUUUCCCGCAAGGGUGAUAUAAGCGCAGAGAUUUGCUCUUAUGAGCUGGCUGCCGGCAAAAUGCAGCGCACCGCUAUUACCUCUAUUCCAAUGGGCGCCCAGAUCUGCUCCUUUGCCUUUAGCCCCGAUCAGGAGAAGCUUUUUCUGGGUAGUAUCGAUCGAAAUAUUUGUCUGCACGAUCUGGUUCAGCAGUCCACUAAAUACGCCAACCAGAUUGAAAUUGUCCCAAACCAGUGUGCCUGGCACUGCGAUUCCGCUAUGCUGUGCGUGGCCAAUGAGCGAUCUGUGCUGCAGUGCUUCGAUCUGGCUUUGGCCACCAUUGGUCAUCAACUUGUCAGUGAGAGUGUGACUCCCUCGAGUUUAUUGGAUUUAUCGCAUUACUUUGUGGCUCAGCCAACGCUACUGAGUGUGGCCUUCAGCCGGAAGCCUGAUUUAGCCACUUUUAAACAUACCUACGCGCAGACGGACUGUUUAUUGUUGCUCAUUUAUGAUCAAGGACCUCUGGCGUGCAUGCGCAUUUUUGGCGGCACUGGAAUGCGUGGCGAUAUCCACAACUCAGGCCUCACUGCGGAUGUAAUAGCGGACAAGUAUCUGCGACUGCAGCAGCCCGAUAGAGCGGUGAAUGUUCUGGCUGCACUCAACUGGGAAACCUAUGGAGCCAUGUGCCUCAUCACGUUGCAUAAGAUAGCCAACUAUGUGUUUUUUGGCGGAGAUCAGCGACGACCACGCAUCGAGCUGAUGGCCAGAGCUCUAAAGACAUUCGCUAACACUCUGUCCGAGGAAACGAAGGAUGAGUUUAGCGAUCAGGUGUACGAUCUGAAGCGACGCUUUUGUUUCUUUCUGCUUCGUAAAAACCUAUUCGCCGAGGCCUUUGAAAUUGCUCAGGAUGUGGCCGACUAUGAUAUCUUCAUGGAUCUUUAUAACCUAACCAAGUGCAUAUCUAGCCUGAGCGAAUUCGCACAGGUGGCCUUCAGUCAGGCAGCUGCCAUAAUUCAUGAGGAAGAUCGUGCCAAUGGCAAUCUAAGCCUGACCUGCGAUCUGCGAUCGGAGUCAGCUUGCUCACUGUCCACCUGCUCAGAUUUAUUGCGGGGUCAGGGAGCGCCAACAGGACCUACCACAGGCUUAGGUCCUGGACCGACUCCAAGUCAACAGGUCCUAAAGAACUACGUGCCACCGCUGCCAUCGUUUAAGUCGAAGGUUUUCAAUGCAGAGAUGAUUAAAAUUAAUAUUCCCAAGCCGGAAUUAAGACCGCCACUACCAAAAGUUUCCAUAGCACCACCAAACACAUCUCUGGCAAGUCUAUCCCUAAAGAGCAACAGUCUCCAGCAGUCGCCUUUAAAGAAUUUAAAUACAAAUGGAAAUGUGUGGUCGCAAGAUGUGCCAGAUCAGACGGUGGGUCUGCCCAUGACCAGCAGUCCGCCUCCUCGUCUUCCGCCUCCAACAAAUGUUGUGGAUCAAAAUACUCAGCUUGGUCAAUUUAAUACGAUCACAGCAUCGCCUCCAUCAGCAACAGCCUACCAGCCCAAGUUUUUCCAGCAUCCUCUUGUCUCAGGCAACAUACCUGCAAUGCUGUCUUCUGUGCCUAGCGACGAUUACCAGAAGCGCCUGUUGCUCAAGAAACCCACUGCAUCCAUAUUGUCCAAUCCGGCAAAUCCAGCUGCUACGAAUGGAGAAGCAGCCACGCCGACUGCCAAGUCACAAACGGCCGAAAAGAACAAAGUCAAAUUCUCCGAUACAAUACAAGUGGCUGUGGUUCCGGAGAUUCCGCGCAAGGAAAAACCGAUGCCGCCUAAGAGAAAUGGUUACUCCAGACCAGCUGCGCGACAUUUAACCAAUCCUAAGAAGGAACUGGCCGACAGCCUGCCACUUUGUCAUCCUAACGAUGAGUAUCUAAAGGAUUUUAAUCCCAUCACAACCAAUGUUACCAAACCACCAAUUCGACGGAGAGAGGAGGAACCCAAGCAAAGCAGCAGCAAAGGCAACUCUUCCUCGUCAUCUUCCAUCAAAGUGGUUCACUUCGGUGUGGUCUAAUAAUUCAUAGUGCAAUUCCUAAGUUUAUACCAUUUUGGUUAAGAGCUGCGUCUUCCAAUCGUUUGUAACUAUUGCCGUCCCAGUUAGUGCAAAGCUUUAAAUAGGAAAGUUUUUAUUUAUAGGUUCUCUCUACACUUUACACACAGGUUACUCAUUAAAGCUUAGCAUUAAAUGUUUGC